GAAACUUUGGAGAUUGUGUGCUAAAUUUGGUAACAAAACUUAAAUUUGUGAUAUUUGUGAGCAUUGUACCUUUUAAAAAUGUCUCUAUUAAUUAAAAUAUCUGAUAUAUAUAAAUUUGCUUUUUUAAAAAAUCUUAUUUUAUGUAUAGAGUUAAGAUAUGUAAAUGAAUACUUUUUUGGUUUAAUUUUUUUUUAUUUUCUCGUAUAUCAAUGAAGAUCAGUUGAUUAAAAAAAAAACUAAUUUUUAGAGAAAUGUAAAUGUAUAACCAUCCUUGAGGCCCACCUUGUUUCAAAGCAAACAGAAACGACGACGUAAAGCAAGAAUUAAUAACACAAAAAGACCGUUAUUCGCCUAACUUUUCCCGCGCGGAGAGAAACCAAUUAUUCGAUUAUCUCUCACAAGUUUUCUUUUCUUCCUCACUAGUUCAAUUCCAAUGCACCAUGUAUUUCAUAAAUUCUUCUUCUUCUUCUUCUUCUUCUUUAGAAACAGAGCCCCAUGAAUGAUCGAUCAUUGCAGAUGAUGAUGCAAGAAACAGACAGAGAUAUACACAUCUCUGAUUCUCUGCCAAAUAAUAAUGAAGAUAUGGUUGAAGCGUUUCGUAAAUUGCUUCUCCUCCAUGGCCACUUACCUUCCAAGCACGGAGAUCAUAAUACACUUCGCAGGUUUCUAAAAAUGAGAGAUUUUGAUCUGGAGAAAUCCAAAGAUGCGUUUCUCAAUUAUAUCAAGUGGCGAGUGGAUUCUAAAGUGGAUUUCAUCUCUCAGACGUUUAAGUUUGAGGAAUAUGGUGAAGUGAAGAAGCAUUACCCUCAUGGGUUUCAUAAGGUUGACAAAACUGGUAGGCCAAUUUACAUUGAGAGACUCGGGAUGGCUGACCUGACCGCGUUUCUUAAAGCAACCACCAUUGACAGAUAUGUUAAGUAUCAUAUUAAAGAACAAGAGAAAACGCUGAGAUUCAGAUAUCCAGCUUGUUCUAUUGCUGCAGACAAGCAUGUUUCGUCUACCACUACCAUUUUGGAUGUCUCUGGAAUCGGAAUGUCAAACUUCUCAAAACCUGCGAGAUCUCUCUUCAUGGAAAUUCAGAAGAUAGACAGCAACUACUACCCUGAGACUUUGCAUCGCCUCUUCGUUGUCAAUGCAAGUUCUGGAUUCCGGAUGCUGUGGCUUGCACUCAAGACCUUUCUAGAUGCUCGGACAUUGGCCAAAGUUCAAGUGCUAGGACCCAAUUACCUUGGAGAACUACUUGAAGCAAUAGAUCCAAGCAACUUACCAACAUUUCUUGGAGGAAACUGCACCUGUUCAGAUCAUGGAGGCUGUCUUUUUAGCGAUGAAGGACCUUGGAAUGAUCCAGACAUCAAGAAAAAGAUCCAGGAGCCUUCCACAAUCGGAGAUGCUGAUUCAGAGAGUAUGGAUAAAGUCUCAGAAAAUGCUCCAGCCAAUCAAAAAGAAAGUACAGGCAAGAUCAUGAUUACAUUGGAGAAGUAUGCUGCCCUGAAAACUGCUGUCAAGGAUUCCCAGAAGAGAAUUGAAAUGUUGGAGAUAUCACUCCAUGAGACAAAAAAGGUCUUGAAUGGACUCGCGGAGAUCAUUGAACCGAAUCAACCUAUAGACAAAUGCAAACCGGUUUAGAACGUAAGACAAUAGUCAAGAAAAUGUCCGGUUUAAUGAGCUGAAAUGAUGAUGAUGAUAGUGUGUGGAAUCCUCCGUACUACGGCGAUUAAUGCAAUCAUGUGUAGAGCCAAUCUGUCUCACAUGCAACUGCACGUGUGAUCUCUGCACCACAAAACUUUCAUCUCUCACAUUUAUUUCUCUAUUAAUCUAAUUCCACAGCUCGAUUUGAUCCUCUUCCCGAUGACAAAUGCUUCUUUGAAAUAACAAUAUUUUACUUAGGGAACAAA